CCCUGUCCAACCACUCUGCUCAGCCCAGAGGUUCAGCCACACAGAAGAAAAAGUUAAAAUCAACUCACAUCAGAGGAGGGAGGGAGAGAGGGGGAGAAUACGCCCUGGAAACUUGGUUGAUCGAGAAAAAGGAAAGGAGUGACAGAAUCCUAACAGACUGCAAAGCUGGGACUGGAAGAAGUGCUUUUGGGCUGGGGACUGGACACGUUUUCCAGGAUGCUCAAGCUGGAGUGAGGCUUCUUGAGCGCACAGACUGCGCAAAGCAGAAGUCGAGAAAGAAGAACCACAGCAGCAGACUGAAGCCCGUGGCAUUGCUUGAGCAAUCCAAGGGAAAACCAAGGUAGACUUUCCUGCGCACAAAGGCUGCAAUAGUGGAAACCAAAAAAAAAGAUGGCUGAAGAGGAAGAAACAAGGGAAGUGCUCUUUCCAGACUGGGAGGGUCCAGACAAAACUGGCUUGACCAUUGAACGGACAAGUGAAGGAGAGAUCUUUGUAAAGGAGGUGAAAGGAGAGUCACCUGCAGGGCGGUCUGGAAAAGUAUAUGAAGGUGACCAAAUUGUGGGAGCCACUAUCUACUUUGAUAACAUGAGCUCAGAAGAAACAUCUGAGCUACUAAAGACGUUGAACCGCCACAAGGUUGGACUGAAACUACAAAACAAAGGAGACAAAUCCCCUUGCUGCUCGCCCUUGAGCACACCAUGUCGUUCACCAAUGGGUACACUGACAUGGGAAGGGAAGACCCGGUUUGGAGGUUCCAGUCCAGACAUCAUCCUUAGUGGUGAUGAUGAGGACUAUAAGAGAAUAUACACAAAGAAAAUCAAACCAAGGCUGAAGUCGGAGGACCUUGCAGAAGGAGUAGAUGUUCGUACAGAGCGGCACAGCAGCACAAGCAGUGAUGGCAGCACAAUUACUACCAUCACCCGCCGCAUUACUACCUACACAGUGGAUAUGCCGAGUGGCAUAAGUGAGCAACUUGAAGUUUCAAGCCCAGAGUUCAAGGGGCCAAGGCACGACUCUGCAGAUGGCUCUCCUCGUUUCAGAAUCUCACAUGGCAGCCCUUCAGGUAAAGAGGGAACAGAGGAGGGAGUUUUUGAGUCAGGCAAUGUCUCUUACACUGGGCCACAUGUUAGCUCCACAGAGACACGGUGGGGCAGUGGGGGUGUUAAGACCACAACAAAUACAAGAGAGAUAGAAAAAGAAAGAAGUGCAGGUCUCAGAUUUAAAGGACCAAACUUUGGAAUAACCGGUGGUAGCCAGGCAGGUUUUGAGGUCUCAAGAGGAGGUGGAGAGCAAGGAGAUGGAAGCACCCAGUUGUCUGAAGCAGGCAUGACACUAAGAGACAGCACAAACACUGGGAGUAAGCAUGUUACAAUAGGAGGGAUAGGAGGUGCAGAGGUAAUCUCUGCAGACGAGAAUGGAGGAUCAAUUAGUCUCGCUGUACCAGGAAAAGGAAUGCAGAUUUUGACUACAUCCAUGGAUAAAACACAGGAGGGAAUCCUUGACACCAGUUUAGGUGAGAGAACAAAGGUUAGGGUAUCUGAAAUUGACAUCAGUCCCCCACAAGCAAAGGGAUCAGGUAGUAUUGAAAUUGCGAAUGUCAGACAUAGUGGUGGUUCCAUUGAUAUUGAUACUGAGUUGAGAGGUGGCAGAAUAGGAGGAUCAGCAAUAACAAUUGGCAAUGUUACCUCGGGAUAUUCCUUAAGGCCUGCCAAAAUUUCAAUGGCAGGUGUGGAUGUAAGUGGUGUGCCAAAGACUGAGGGAGAAAUGAAGGCAUCGAUAGUAGACUUUAAAGGUCCAGAUGUAAAUAUUGAGGGAAAUGAAGGGGAUUUCAAAAUGCCUCAGAUAAAGAUACCAUCAUUUGGUGGUCAUGGGUUUGCUAUUAAAGCACCAACAGCUGGUGUUGAAAGCAUUGAUUUAAAAAUCAAAGGAACCAAACCAGAAAUUGAUGUCAAAACAACCGUGGUUGGCAUUAAAGGGGACAAAGUUGAUAUGGAACGGUCAGAUGCAAACAUUAAUAUCCCAAAAUUGGAUAUUAACAUUGAGGGACAUGAAGCUGGACCCAAUGGCCUGAAAGAUACAACAUUUCAAGGUGAUGUGUCUGUACCAAAAAUGAAAGUAGGUAAAAAGAUUGUAAAAACUCAUGAGAUUGAUGUUAAACCUCCAGUAAUUGAUGCAAAACUGGAAGGACCAAACAUUAACAUACCAUCCAUUAAAGGAACAAAGAAGCCAGCUGUGGAUAUCACACUUGAAUGUCCACGAGCUGAAGGAGUUUUGGAUAUGAAAAAGCCAAAGAUUGAAGGAAAAAUAAAAGCACCUCAAGUGGAUUUCGGAGGUUCAAUUGUUAACACAAAGAGUCAAGAGGGACCUAAAACGCCUGAAAUUGAAACACCAUCAUUUGGAAUUAAAGUUCCAAGGGUUGAGGGGCCAGAAGUUGAUGUUCACCUUCCAAAAGCGGACAAUAUUAUGAAAGCUCCUGAAAUUAACAUUAAAGCAAGAGAUGUUAACAUUAAGAGCCCUAGUGGUAGUAUGACAGGAUCAAAAUUCAAUGUGUUGUCGGGACUGAAUGUUUCCGUGCCAGAAGUGGAUUUAAGUGGCAAAGGUUUGAAACUCAAAGGUGAUGUGGAUGUAUCAGCUAGUGAGAUAGAGGGAGACAUAAAUAAACCUGGGAUUAACAUCAAAGGUCCAGAGGUUGAUAUUCAAGGCCCUGAUGCAAAAAUCAAGGGACUUAAAGUUAUUAUUCCGUCCAUCAAAUCACCAAAGGUAGAUAUUGAAGGACCAAAACUCAAAGGUACAAAACUCAAAAGUGAUUUGGAUGUGUCAGGUCCAAAGAUAGGAGACAUCAGAACACCUGAUGUUGUUAUCAAAACUCCAGGGGUUGAUAUUGAAGCGCCUAAGGGUGGAUUUGAAAUCUCGAAAAUCAAGAUGCCCUCUUUUAACAUUGAAGGUCUAAAAUUGGACAGUCCAGAUGUUGAUGUAAAUCUUCCCAAAGCUGCAAUUGAUGGGAAAGUACCUGAUGUUGACAUGAAAGCUCCACAGAUUGACAUGGAAGUCCCUGUAAAAGGUCCAAAGAUCCCAAAUCUUGACUUCAAACUAAAAGGUCCUAAAGUUGAGGGAAAUGUGGAUGCUUCACUUCCAAAGAUUGAAGGAGGCAUAACAGCUUCUGAGGUGGACAUCGAAGGAAAAGGAUUUGACAUUGAGGGCAAAAAAGGUGGAUUCAAAAUGCCAUCAUUUAAAAUGCCGUCACUCAACAUAAAGGGCAAAGACGUUGAUCUUUCCCUUCCAAAAGCGAAAGUUGAUGUUCCAGGUUCUGACAUUGACAUAAAAUUACCAGAGGUAGAUAUUGAAGGACCAAAACUCAAAGGACCUAAAUUGAAUAUGCCGACAAUGCCAGAUGUGGAUUUCAAAAUAAAAGGUCCAAAAACUGAAGGAGACAUAAGAGCCCCUAAAGUUGUUGUUAACCUCCCAGAAGCAGAUGUUGACAUUAAAGCCCCCAAAUUGGAUAUCAAAGGACCAGAGGUUGACUUAGCGAGUUCUAGUGGUAAGAUAAAGGGACCUACAUUCAAGAUACCAAACAUCUCAGGACCAAAAAUCUCCAUGCCAGAUGUCAAUCUGAAAGGGCCCACGCUCAGAGGUGCCGUGGAUGUGUCAAUUCCAAAGAUUGAAGGAGACAUCAAAACACCUGAUGUUGACAUCAAAGGUCCAGAGAUUGAUAUUGGAGGACCCAAGGGUGUAUUUGAAAUGCCGAAAAUCAAAAUGCCAACAUUUGGUAUUAAAUCCCCCGAGCUGGAUGUCAAAGGACCGGAAAUUGACAUGGAAAGUCCGAGUGGAAAAAUCAAAGGUCCCGAACUCAACAUGCCAGGAGUUUCAGGACCAAAGAUAAACAUUCCAAAUGUCGACUUAAAACCAAAAGCUCCCAAACAUAAAGUUAAUGUGGAUGUGUCAGUUCCAAAAAUUGAGGGAGAUAUCAAAACACCUGAAAUUGAGAUCAAAGGGCCUAAUCUGGAUUUUGAAUCUCCAGCAGUAGAAGUUACUGGGCCAAAAUUUAAGUUACCAACAAUAUCUGAACCAAAAAUGUCAUUGCCAGAUGUCGAUACCAAUCUGAUGGGGCCCAAGUUCAAGGGUGAUUUAAAAGGGGAUGUUCAAAUGCCAAAAGCUGAACUCAGGGGGCCUGAUGUAACAGUUGAUGUUCCAGAGAUUGGGACAAAGAAAACCAAAUUUAAAAUGCCAAAGUUUGGAUUUAAGGGACCAAAGGUAAAAGCCCCAGAGACUGAUGUGAAAAUGGUACAAGGGGACAUCAGCAUCAAUGAAAAGAAUGGAAGCUCUGAAGGUCUUGAUGUUGACCUGGGAUUGAAAACUAAAGGUCAAAAAUUCAAGCUGCCAAAAUUCGGUUUCAAAGGCCCAAGGGCUGAAAUGCCAGAAGUUGACAUUAAUCUUUCAAAUGCUGGCACUGAUAUUGUAACACCAUCUGUUGGAAUUGAAGGACCAGAUGUUGACAUUGAGAGUUCUAGUGGUAAAAUCAAGGUACCAAAACUUAAAAUGCCAACCAUCUCAGGACCAAAGGGCAAUGUACCAGAUGUGGAUUUCAAUCUGAAAGACCCCAGAUUUAAAGGUGAUAUGGAAAUGUCAAUUCCAAAGAUUGAAAGUGAAAUAAAAACAACUUGUGUUGAUAUCAAAGCUCCAGAGAUUGAUAUUGAAGGGCCCAAGGGUGGAUUUGAAAUGCCAAAAAUCAAAAUGCCGUCUUUUAAUGUUAAAGGCCCACAAUUAGAGGGAACAGAUGUAAACCUUCCAAAAGCCAGUAUUGAUGUUAACAUACCUGAGGUUGACAUUAAGGGUGACAUCAAAGCUCCCAAGAUUGACAUUGAAGGACCAGAUGUUGACAUUGAGGGGCACAAAGGAGGAUUCAGAAUGCCCAAAUUUCAAUUGCCAUCCUUUGGAGUUAAAGGCCCAAAUAUUGAAGGGCCUGAAGUUGAUGUCAGCCUUCCAACAGCAGACAUUGAUAUUAAAGCACCUGAAGUGGAUAUCACAGGACUAGAUGUUGACAUUGAGAGUCCUAGUGGUAGAAUUAAAGGGCCCAGAUUCAACAUGCCAAGUAUUUCAGGACCAAAACUCUCCAUGCCCGGUGUGGAUUUCAAUCUGAAAGGUUCCACUCCUAAAGGUGGUGUUGAUGUUUCACUUCCAAAGAUUGAAGGAGACAUAAAAGCACCUGGUGUUGAUAUCAGAGGUCCAGAGAUUGAUAUUGAAGGGCACAAGGGUGGAUUUGGAAUGCCAAAAAUCAAAAUGCCUUCUUUUAACGUUAAAGGCCCAAAAUUAGAGGGUGCAGAUGUUGAUGUAAACCUUCCAAAAGCUAAUAUUGAUGUUAACAUACCUGAGGUUGACAUUAAAGGUGACAUCAAAGUUCCCAAGAUUGACAUUGAGGGACCAGAGGUUGACAUUGAGGGUCCCAAAGGAGGAUUCAAAAUGCCCAAAUUUAAAUUGCCAACCUUUGGAGUUAAAGGCCCAAAUGUUGAAGGGCCUGAAGUUGAUGUCAGCCUUCCAACAGGAGACAUUGAUAUUAAAGCACCUAAAGUGGAUAUCACAGCACCAGAUGUUGACAUUGAGGGACCUGGUGGUAAGGUCAAAGGGGCCAAAUUCAACCUGCCAAGUAUUUCCGGACCAAAAGGUGGAUUUGACAUGCCUCAAAUACAAAUGCCUUCCUUUGGCCUGAAGGGUCCUAAAUUGGAGGGUCCAGAUGUUGAUGUAAACCUUCCAAAAGCUAAUAUUGAUGUUAAAGUACCUAAGGUUGACAUUAAAGGGCCAGAAAUUGACAUUGAAGGUCCUGAUGCAAAACUCAAAGGGCCCAGAUUCAACAUGCCAAGUAUUGCAGGACCCAAACUCUCCAUGCCCGGUGUGGAUUUCAAUCUGAGAGGUUCCACUCCUAAAGGUGGUGUUGAUGUUGCACUUCCAAAGAUUGAAGGAAUAACAGAUGUUGAUGUUAACCUUCCAAAAGCUAAUAUUGAUGUUAACAUACCUGAGGUUGACAUUAAAGGUGACAUCAAAACUCCCAAAGUUGACAUUGGAGGACCAGAAAUUGACAUUGAGGGGCACAGAGGAGGAUUCAAAAUGCCUAAAUUUAAAAUGCCAGGCUUUGGAGGGAAAGGUCCAAAACUUGAAGGGCCUGAUGUUGAUGUCAGCUUGCCAGGAACUGAUAUUGAUAUUAAAGCCCCUGGAUUGGAUAUCAAAGGACCAGAGGUUGACCUAGAGAGUCCUAGUGGCAAGAUCAAGGGACCAAGAUUCCAAAUGCCAACCAUCACCGGACCAAAGAUCAGUAUGCCAGAUGUGGACUUCAAUCUGAAAGGGCCUUCAUUUAAAGGAGAUAUGUCACUUCCAAAGUUGGAAGGAGACAUAAAAGCACCCGGUGUUGAUAUCAAUGCUCCAGACUUUAAUAUUCAAGGUCCCCAGGUGGAUGUUAAAGGUCCAAAAGGUGGAUUUGACAUGCCUCAUAUAAAAAUGCCUUCCUUUGGCUUCAAGGGCCCUAAAUUGGAGGGUCCAGAUGUUGAUGUAAACCUUCCAAAAGCUAAUAUUGAUGUUAACGUACCUAAGGUUGACAUUACAGGGCCAGAAAUUGACAUUGAAGGUCCUGAUGCAAAAUUCAAAAGACCCAAGAUUAAAAUGCCAUCACUGACAGGACCCAAGCUUCCAGACUGGGAUCUUAGUCUAAAGGGGCCCAACAUUAAGGGAGAUGUUGACGUGUCUGUUCCAAAGAUUGAAGGUGACAUCAGAGCUCCCAAGAUUGACAUUGAAGGACCAGAUGUUGACAUUGAGGGGCACAAAGGAGGAUUCAAAAUGCCUAAAUUUAAAAUGCCAGGCUUUGGAGGGAAAGGUCCAAAACUUGAAGGGCCUGAUGUUGAUGUCAGCUUGCCAGGAACUGAUAUUGAUAUUAAAGCCCCCGGAUUUGAUAUCAAAGGACCAGAGGUUGACCUAGAGAGUCCUAGUGGCAAGAUCAAGGGACCAAGAUUCCAAAUGCCAACCAUCACCGGACCAAAGAUCAGUAUGCCAGAUGUGGACUUCAAUCUGAAAGGGCCCUCAUUUAAAGGAGAUAUGUCACUUCCAAAGUUGGAAGGAGACAUAAAAGCACCUGGUGUUGAUAUCAAUGCUCCAGACUUUAAUAUUCAAGGUCCCCAGGUGGAUGUUAAAGGUCCAAAAGGUGGAUUUGACAUGCCUCAUAUAAAAAUGCCUUCCUUUGGCUUCAAGGGCCCUAAAUUGGAGGGUCCAGAUGUUGAUGUAAACCUUCCAAAAGCUAAUAUUGAUGUUAACGUACCUAAGGUUGACAUUACAGGGCCAGAAGUUGACAUUGAAGGUCCUGAUGCAAAAUUCAAAAGACCCAAGAUUAAAAUGCCAUCACUGACAGGACCCAAGCUUCCAGAGUGGGAUCUUAGUCUAAAGGGGCCCAAAAUUAAGGGAGAUGUUGACGUGUCUGUUCCAAAGAUUGAAGGUGACAUCAGAGCUCCGAAGAUUGACAUUGAAGGACCAGAUGUUGACAUUGAGGGGCACAAAGGAGGAUUCAAAAUGCCUAAAUUUAAAAUGCCAGGCUUUGGAGGGAAAGGUCCAAAACUUGAAGGGCCUGAUGUUGAUGUCAGCUUGCCAGGAACUGAUAUUGAUAUUAAAGCCCCCGGAUUUGAUAUCAAAGGACCAGAGGUUGACCUAGAGAGUCCUAGUGGCAAGAUCAAGGGACCAAGAUUCCAAAUGCCAACCAUCACCGGACCAAAGAUCAGUAUGCCAGAUGUGGACUUCAAUCUGAAAGGGCCCUCAUUUAAAGGAGAUAUGUCACUUCCAAAGUUGGAAGGAGACAUAAAAGCACCUGGUGUUGAUAUCAAUGCUCCAGACUUUAAUAUUCAAGGUCCCCAGGUGGAUGUUAAAGGUCCAAAAGGUGGAUUUGACAUGCCUCAUAUAAAAAUGCCUUCCUUUGGCUUCAAGGGCCCCAAAUUGGAGGGUCCAGAUGUUGAUGUAAACCUUCCAAAAGCUAAUAUUGAUGUUAACGUACCUAAGGUUGACAUUACAGGGCCAGAAGUUGACAUUGAAGGUCCUGAUGCAAAAUUCAAAAGACCCAAGAUUAAAAUGCCAUCACUGACAGGACCCAAGCUUCCAGAGUGGGAUCUUAGUCUAAAGGGGCCCAAAAUUAAGGGAGAUGUUGACGUGUCUGUUCCAAAGAUUGAAGGUGACAUCAGAGCUCCGAAGAUUGACAUUGAAGGACCAGAUGUUGACAUUGAGGGGCACAAAGGAGGAUUCAAAAUGCCUAAAUUUAAAAUGCCAGGCUUUGGAGGGAAAGGUCCAAAACUUGAAGGGCCUGAUGUUGAUGUCAGCUUGCCAGGAACUGAUAUUGAUAUUAAAGCCCCCGGAUUUGAUAUCAAAGGACCAGAGGUUGACCUAGAGAGUCCUAGUGGCAAGAUCAAGGGACCAAGAUUCCAAAUGCCAACCAUCACCGGACCAAAGAUUAGUAUGCCAGAUGUGGACUUCAAUCUGAAAGGGCCCUCAUUUAAAGGAGAUAUGUCACUUCCAAAGUUGGAAGGAGACAUAAAAGCACCUGGUGUUGAUAUCAAUGCUCCAGACUUUAAUAUUCAAGGUCCCCAGGUGGAUGUUAAAGGUCCAAAAGGUGGAUUUGACAUGCCUCAUAUAAAAAUGCCUUCCUUUGGCUUCAAGGGCCCUAAAUUGGAGGGUCCAGAUGUUGAUGUAAACCUUCCAAAAGCUAAUAUUGAUGUUAACGUACCUAAGGUUGACAUUACAGGGCCAGAAGUUGACAUUGAAGGUCCUGAUGCAAAAUUCAAAAGACCCAAGAUUAAAAUGCCAUCACUGACAGGACCCAAGCUUCCAGAGUGGGAUCUUAGUCUAAAGGGGCCCAAAAUUAAGGGAGAUGUUGACGUGUCUGUUCCAAAGAUUGAAGGUGACAUCAGAGCUCCCAAGAUUGACAUUGAAGGACCAGAUGUUGACAUUGAGGGGCACAAAGGAGGAUUCAAAAUGCCUAAAUUUAAAAUGCCAGGCUUUGGAGGGAAAGGUCCAAAACUUGAAGGGCCUGAUGUUGAUGUCAGCUUGCCAGGAACUGAUAUUGAUAUAAAAGCCCCUGGAUUGGAUAUCAAAGGACCAGAGGUUGACCUAGAGAGUCCUAGUGGCAAGAUCAAGGGAACAAAAUUCAAAAUGCCAACCAUCACCGGACCAAAGAUCAGUAUGCCAGAUGUGGACUUCAAUCUGAAAGGGCCUUCAUUGAAAGGAGAUAUGUCACUUCCGAAGUUUGAAGGAGACAUAAAAGCACCUGGUGUUGAUAUCAAUGCUCCAGACAUUAAUGUUCAAUGUCCCCAGGUUGAUGUUAAAGGUCCAAAAGGUGGAUUUGACAUGCCUCAUAUAAAAAUGCCUUCCUUUGGCUUCAGGGGCCCUAAAUUGGAAGGUCCAGACGUUGAUGUAAACUUUCCAAAAGCUAAUAUUGAUGUUAACGUACCUAAGGUUGACAUUAAAGGGCCAGAAAUUGACAUUGAAGGUCCUGAUGCAAAAAUCAAAGGAACCAAGAUUAAAAUGCCAUCACUGACAGGACCCAAGCUUCCAGAGUGGGAUCUUAGUCUGAAGGGGCCCAAAAUGAAGGGAGGUGUUGAUAUGUCUAUUCCAAACAUCGAAGGUGAUAUCAAAACUCCCAAGUUUGACAUUGAAGGGCCAGAAGUUGACAUUGAGGGGCCCAAAGGAGGAUUCAAAAUGCCUAAAUUUAAAAUGCCAGGCUUUGGAGGGAAAGGUCCAAAACUUGAAGGGCCUGAUGUUGAUGUCAGCUUGCCAGGAACUGAUAUUGAUAUUAAAGCCCCCGGAUUGGAUAUCAAAGGACCAGAGGUUGACCUAGAGAGUCCUAGUGGCAAGAUCAAGGGAACAAAAUUCAAAAUGCCAACCAUCACCGGACCAAAGAUCAGUAUGCCAGAUGUGGACUUCAAUCUGAAAGGGCCUUCAUUUAAAGGAGAUAUGUCACUUCCGAAGUUGGAAGGAGACAUAAAAGCACCUGGUGUUGAUAUCAAUGCUCCAGACUUUAAUAUUCAAGGUCCCCAGGUGGAUGUUAAAGGUCCAAAAGGUGGAUUUGACAUGCCUCAUAUAAAAAUGCCUUCCUUUGGCUUCAGGGGCCCUAAAUUGGAGGGUCCAGACGUUGAUGUAAACUUUCCAAAAGCUAAUAUUGAUGUUAACUUACCUAAGGUUGACAUUAAAGGGCCAGAAAUUGACAUUGAAGGUCCUGAUGCAAAAAUCAAAGGAACCAAGAUUAAAAUGCCAUCACUGACAGGACCCAAUCUUCCAGAUUGGGAUCUUAGUCUGAAGGGGCCCAAAAUGAAGGGAGGUGUUGAUGUGUCCAUUCCAAACAUCGAAGGUGAUAUCAAAACUCCCAAGGUCGACAUUGAAGGGCCAGAAGUUGACUUUGAGGGGCACAAAGGAGGAUUCAAAAUGCCUAAAUUUAAAAUGCCAGGCUUUGGAGGGAAAGGUCCAAAACUUGAAGGGCCUGAUGUUGAUGUCAGCUUGCCAGGAACUGAUAUUGAUAUUAAAGCCCCCGGAUUUGAUAUCAAAGGACCAGAGGUUGACCUAGAGAGUCCAAGUGGCAAGAUCAAGGGACCAAGAUUCCAAAUGCCAACCAUCACCGGACCAAAGAUCGGUAUGCCAGAUGUGGACUUCAAUCUGAAAGGGCCCUCAUUUAAAGGAGAUAUGUCACUUCCAAAGUUGGAAGGAGACAUAAAAGCACCUGGUGUUGAUAUCAAUGCUCCAGACUUUAAUAUUCAAGGUCCCCAUGUGGAUGUUAAAGGUCCAAAAGGUGGAUUUGACAUGCCUCAUAUAAAGAUGCCUUCCUUUGGCUUCAAGGGCCCUAAAUUGGAGGGUCCAGAUGUUGAUGUAAACCUUCCAAAAGCUAAUAUUGAUGUGAACGUACCUAAGGUUGACAUUACAGGGCCAGAAAUUGACAUUGAAGGUCCUGAUGCAAAAUUCAAAAGACCCAAGAUUAAAAUGCCAUCACUGACAGGACCCAAGCUUCCAGAGUGGGAUCUUAGUCUAAAGGGGCCCAAAAUUAAGGGAGAUGUUGACGUGUCUGUUCCAAAGAUUGAAGGUGACAUCAGAGCUCCCAAGAUUGACAUUGAAGGACCAGAUGUUGACAUUGAGGGGCACAAAGGAGGAUUCAAAAUGCCUAAAUUUAAAAUGCCAGGCUUUGGAGGGAAAGGUCCAAAACUUGAAGGGCCUGAUGUUGAUGUCAGCUUGCCAGGAACUGAUAUUGAUAUUAAAGCCCCUGGAUUGGAUAUCAAAGGACCAGAGGUUGACCUAGAGAGUCCUAGUGGCAAGAUCAAGGGAACUAAAUUCAAAAUGCCAACCAUCACCGGACCAAAGAUCAGUAUGCCAGAUGUUGACUUCAAUCUGAAAGGGCCUUCAUUUAAAGGGGAUAUGUCACUUCCAAAGUUUGACGGAGACAUAAAAGCACCUGGUGUUGAUAUCAAUGCUCCAGACAUUAAUAUUCAAGGUCCCCAGGUUGAUGUUAAAGGUCCAAAAGGUGGAUUUGACAUGCCUCAUAUAAAAAUGCCUUCCUUUGGCUUCAAGAGCCCUAAAUUGGAGGGUCCAGACGUUGAUGUAAACCUUCCAAAAGCUAAUAUUGAUGUUAACGUACCUAAGGUUGACAUUAAAGGGCCAGAAAUUGACAUUGAAGGUCCUGAUGCAAAAUUCAAAAGACCCAAGAUUAAAAUGCCAUCACUGUCAGGACCCAAGCGUCCAGACUGGGACCUUAGUCUAAAGGGGCCCAAAAUGAAGGGAGGUGUUGAUUUGUCUAUUCCAAAGAUUGAAGGUGAUAUCAAAACUCCCAAGGUCGACAUUGAAGGACCAGAAGUUGACAUUGCAGGGCACAAAGGAGGAUUCAAAAUGCCGAAAUUUAAAAUGCCAAACUUUGGAGGGAAAAGUCCAAAACUUGAAGGGCCUGAUGUUGAUGUCAGAUUGCCAGGAACUGAUAUUGAUAUUAAAGCUCCCGGAUUGGAUGUCAAAGGACCAGAGGUUGACCUAGAGAGUCCUAGUGGCAAGAUCAAGGGAUCAAAAUUCAAAAUGCCAACCAUGACCGGACCAAAGAUCAGUAUGCCAGAUGUGGACUUCAAUCUGAAAGGGCCUUCAUUUAAAGGAGAUAUGUCACUUCCAAAGUUGGAAGGAGACAUAAAAGCACCUGGUGUUGAUAUCAAUGCUCCAGACUUUAAUAUUCAAGGUCCCCAGGUUGAUGUUAAAGGUCCAAAAGGUGGAUUUGACAUGCCUCAUAUAAAAAUGCCUUCCUUUGGCUUCAAGAGCCCUAAAUUGGAGGGUCCAGACGUUGAUGUAAACCUUCCAAAAGCUAAUAUUGAUGUUAACGUACCUAAGGUUGACAUUGAAGGACCAGAAGUUGACAUUGACGGGCCCAGAGGAGGAUUCAAAAUGCCGAAAUUUAAAAUGCCAUCCUUUGGUGGGAAGAGUCCAAAACUUGAAGGGCCUGAAGUUGAUGUCAGCUUGCCAGGAACUGAUAUUGAUAUUAAAGCCCCUGGAUUGGAUAUCAAAGGACCAGAGGUUGACCUAGAGAGUCCUAGUGGCAAGAUCAAGGGAACUAAAUUCAAAAUGCCAACCAUCACUGGACCAAAGAUCAGUAUGCCAGAUGUGGAUUUCAAUUUGAAAGGGCCUUCAUUUAAAGGAGAUAUGUCACUUCCAAAGUUGGAAGGAGACAUAAAAGCACCUGGUGUUGAUAUCAAUGCUCCAGACUUUAAUAUUCAAGGUCCCCAGGUGGAUGUUAAAGGUCCAAAAGGUGGAUUUGACAUGCCUCAUAUAAAAAUGCCUUCCUUUGGCUUCAAGGGCCCCAAAUUGGAGGGUCCAGAUGUUGAUGUAAACCUUCCAAAAGCUAAUAUUGAUGUUAACGUACCUAAGGUUGACAUUACAGGGCCAGAAAUUGACAUUGAAGGUCCUGAUGCAAAAUUCAAAAGACCCAAGAUUAAAAUGCCAUCACUGACAGGACCCAAGCUUCCAGAGUGGGAUCUUAGUCUGAAGGGGCCCAAAAUGAAGGGAGGUGUUGAUAUGUCUAUUCCAAACAUCGAAGGUGAUAUCAAAACUCCCAAGGUUGACAUUGAAGGACCAGAAGUUGACAUUGACGGCCACAAAGGAGGAUUCAAAAUGCCUAAAUUUAAAAUGCCAGGCUUUGGAGUGAAAGGUCCAAAACUUGAAGGGCCCGAAGUUGAUGUCAGCUUGCCAGGAACUGAUAUUGAUAUUAAAGCCCCCGGAUUUGAUAUAAAAGGACCAGAGGUUGACCUAGAGAGUCCUAGUGGCAAGAUCAAGGGACCAAGAUUCCAAAUGCCAACCAUCACCGGACCAAAGAUCAGUAUGCCAGAUGUGGACUUCAAUCUGAAAGGGCCCUCAUUUAAAGGAGAUAUGUCACUUCCAAAGUUGGAAGGAGACAUAAAAGCACCUGGUGUUGAUAUCAAUGCUCCAGACUUUAAUAUUCAAGGUCCCCAGGUGGAUGUUAAAGGUCCAAAAGGUGGAUUUGACAUGCCUCAUAUAAAAAUGCCUUCCUUUGGCUUCAAGGGCCCUAAAUUGGAGGGUCCAGAUGUUGAUGUAAACCUUCCAAAAGCUAAUAUUGAUGUUAACGUACCUAAGGUUGACAUUACAGGACCAGAAAUUGACAUUGAAGGUCCUGAUGCAAAAUUCAAAAGACCCAAGAUUAAAAUGCCAUCACUGACAGGACCCAAGCUUCCAGAGUGGGAUCUUAGUCUAAAGGGGCCCAAAAUGAAGGGAGAUGUUGACGUGUCUGUUCCAAAGAUUGAAGGUGACAUCAGAGCUCCCAAGAUUGACAUUGAAGGACCAGAUGUUGACAUUGAGGGGCACAAAGGAGGAUUCAAAAUGCCUAAAUUUAAAAUGCCAGGCUUUGGAGGGAAAGGUCCAAAACUUGAAGGGCCUGAUGUUGAUGUCAGCUUGCCAGGAACUGAUAUUGAUAUUAAAGCCCCCGGAUUUGAUAUCAAAGGACCAGAGGUUGACCUAGAGAGUCCUAGUGGCAAGAUCAAGGGACCAAGAUUCCAAAUGCCAUCCAUCACCGGACCAAAGAUCAGUAUGCCAGAUGUGGACUUCAAUCUGAAAGGGCCCUCAUUUAAAGGAGAUAUGUCACUUCCAAAGUUGGAAGGAGACAUAAAAGUACCUGAUGUUGAUAUCAAUGCUCCAGACUUUAAUAUUCAAGGUCCCCAGGUGGAUGUUAAAGGUCCAAAAGGUGGAUUUGACAUGCCUCAUAUAAAAAUGCCUUCCUUUGGCUUCAAGGGCCCUAAAUUGGAGGGUCCAGAUGUUGAUGUAAACCUUCCAAAAGCUAAUAUUGAUGUUAACGUACCUAAGGUUGACAUUACAGGGCCAGAAAUUGACAUUGAAGGUCCUGAUGCAAAAUUCAAAAGACCCAAGAUUAAAAUGCCAUCACUGACAGGACCCAAGCUUCCAGAGUGGGAUCUUAGUCUAAAGGGGCCCAACAUUAAGGGAGAUGUUGACGUGUCUGUUCCAAAGAUUGAAGGUGACAUCAGAGCUCCCAAGAUUGACAUUGAAGGACCAGAUGUUGACAUUGAGGGGCACAAAGGAGGAUUCAAAAUGCCUAAAUUUAAAAUGCCAGGCUUUGGAGGGAAAGGUCCAAAACUUGAAGGGCCUGAUGUUGAUGUCAGCUUGCCAGGAACUGAUAUUGAUAUUAAAGCCCCCGGAUUUGAUAUCAAAGGACCAGAGGUUGACCUAGAGAGUCCUAGUGGCAAGAUCAAGGGACCAAGAUUCCAAAUGCCAUCCAUCACCGGACCAAAGAUCAGUAUGCCAGAUGUGGACUUCAAUCUGAAAGGGCCCUCAUUUAAAGGAGAUAUGUCACUUCCAAAGUUGGAAGGAGACAUAAAAGCACCUGGUGUUGAUAUCAAUGCUCCAGACUUUAAUAUUCAAGGUCCCCAGGUGGAUGUUAAAGGUCCAAAAGGUGGAUUUGACAUGCCUCAUAUAAAAAUGCCUUCCUUUGGCUUCAAGGGCCCUAAAUUGGAGGGUCCAGAUGUUGAUGUAAACCUUCCAAAAGCUAAUAUUGAUGUUAACGUACCUAAGGUUGACAUUACAGGGCCAGAAAUUGACAUUGAAGGUCCUGAUGCAAAAUUCAAAAGACCCAAGAUUAAAAUGCCAUCACUGACAGGACCCAAGCUUCCAGAGUGGGAUCUUAGUCUAAAGGGGCCCAACAUUAAGGGAGAUGUUGACGUGUCUGUUCCAAAGAUUGAAGGUGACAUCAGAGCUCCCAAGAUUGACAUUGAAGGACCAGAUGUUGACAUUGAGGGGCACAAAGGAGGAUUCAAAAUGCCUAAAUUUAAAAUGCCAGGCUUUGGAGGGAAAGGUCCAAAACUUGAAGGGCCUGAUGUUGAUGUCAGCUUGCCAGGAGCUGAUAUUGAUAUUAAAUCUCCCGGAUUGAAUGUCAAAGGACCAGAGGUUGAGCUAGAGAGUCCUAGUGGCAAGAUCAAGGGACCAAGAUUCCAAAUGCCAUCCAUCACCGGACCAAAGAUCAGUAUGCCAGAUGUGGACUUCAAUCUGAAAGGGCCCUCAUUUAAAGGAGAUAUGUCACUUCCAAAGUUGGAAGGAGACAUAAAAGCACCUGGUGUUGAUAUCAAUGCUCCAGACUUUAAUAUUCAAGGUCCCCAGGUGGAUGUUAAAGGUCCAAAAGGUGGAUUUGACAUGCCUCAUAUAAAAAUGCCUUCCUUUGGCUUCAAGGGCCAUAAAUUGGAGGGUCCAGAUGUUGAUGUAAACCUUCCAAAAGCUAAUAUUGAUGUUAACGUACCUAAGGUUGACAUUACAGGGCCAGAAAUUGACAUUGAGGGGCCCAAAGGAGGAUUCAAAAUGCCUAAAUUUAAAAUGCCAGGCUUUGGAGUGAAAGGUCCAAAACUUGAAGGACCUGAAGUUGAUGUCAGCCUUCCAACAGCAGACAUUGAUAUUAAAGCACCUGAAGUGGAUAUCACAGGACUAAAUGUUGACAUUGAGAGUCCUAGUGGUAAGUUUAAAGGGCCCAGAUUCAACAUGCCAAAUAUUUCAGGACCCAAACUCUCCAUGCCCGGUAUGGAUUUCAAUCUGAAAGGUUCCACCCCUAAAGGUGGUGUUGAUGUUUCACUUCCAAAGAUUGAAGGAGACAUGAAAGCACCUGGUGUUGACAUCAAAGCUCCAGAGAUUGAUAUUGAAGGGCACAAGGGUGGAUUUGGAAUGCCGAAAAUCAAAAUGCCUUCUUUUAACGUUAAAGGCCCGAAAUUAGAGGGUGCAGAUGUUGAUGUAAACCUUCCAAAAGCUAAUAUUGAUGUUAACAUACCUGAGGUUGACAUUAAAGGUGACAUCAAAGCUCCCAAGAUUGACAUUGAGGGACCAGAGGUCGACAUUGAGGGGCACAAAGGAGGAUUCAAAAUGCCCAAAUUUAAAUUGCCAGGCUUUGGAUUGAAAGGUCCAAAACUUGAAGGGCCCGACGUUGAUGUCAGCUUGCCAGGAGCUGAUAUUGAUAUUAAAUCUCCCGGAUUGAAUGUCAAAGGACCAGAGGUUGAGCUAGAGAGUCCUAGUGGCAAGAUCAAGGGACCAAGAUUCCAAAUGCCAAACAUCUCCGGACCAAAGAUCAGUAUGCCAGAUGUGGACUUCAAUCUGAAAGGACCCACAUUUAAAGGUGAUAUGUCACUUCCAAAGAUUGAAGGAGACUUAAAAGCACCUGGUGUUGAUAUCAAUGCUCCAGAGAUCAAUAUUAAAGGUCCCAAGGUUGAUGUUUCGGGUCCAAAAGGUGGAUUUGACAUGCCUCAAAUAAAAAUGCCUUCAUUUGGCUUCAGGGGACCUAAAGUGGAGGGUCCAGAUGUUGAUGUAAACCUACCAAAAGCUAAUAUUGAUGUAAACAUACCUGAGGUUGACAUUAAAGGUGACAUCAAAGCUCCCAAGAUUGACAUUGAGGGACCAGAGGUCGACAUUGAGGGGCACAGAGGUGGAUUCAAAAUGCCCAAAUUUAAAUUGCCAGGCUUUGGAUUGAAAGGUCCAAAACUUGAAGGGCCCGACGUUGAUGUCAGCUUGCCAGGAGCUGAUAUUGAUAUUAAAUCUCCCGGAUUGAAUGUCAAAGGACCAGAGGUUGAGCUAGAGAGUCCUAGUGGCAAGAUCAAGGGACCAAGAUUCCAAAUGCCAAACAUCUCCGGACCAAAGAUCAGUAUGCCAGAUGUGGACUUCAAUCUGAAAGGGCCCACAUUUAAAGGUGAUAUGUCACUUCCAAAGAUUGAAGGAGACUUAAAAGCACCUGGUGUUGAUAUCAAUGCUCCAGAGAUCAAUAUUAAAGGUCCCAAGGUUGAUGUUUCGGGUCCAAAAGGUGGAUUUGACAUGCCUCAUAUAAAAAUGCCUUCCUUUGGCUUCAGGGGACCUAAAGUGGAGGGUCCAGAUGUUGAUGUAAACCUACCAAAAGCUAAUAUUGAUUUUAAUGUACCUGAGGUUGACAUGAAAGGGCCAGAAUUUGAAGGUCCUGAUGCAAAAUUCAAAGGAACCAAGAUCAAAUUGCCAUCACUGUCAGGACCCAAGCUUCCAGAGUGGGAUAUUGGUCUGAAGGGGCCCAACAUGAAGGGAAAUGUUGAUGUGUCUGGUCCAACGAUUGAGGGUGACAUAAAAGCUCCCAAGGUUGAAAUUGAAGGAACAGAUUUUGACUUCGAGGGUCAGAAAGGAGGAUUUAAAAUGCCCAAGUUUACAAUGCCAACAUUUGGUGGAAAAGUUCCUAAACUUGAAGGCCCAGAAAUUGAUGUCAGCCUUCCAACAGCAGACAUUGAUAUUAAAGCACCUGAAGUGGAUAUCACAGGACUAGAUGUUGACAUUGAGAGUCCUAGUGCUAAGUUUAAAGGGCCCAGAUUCAACAUGCCAAAUAUUUCAGGACCCAAACUCUCCAUGCCCGGUGUGGAUUUCAAUGUGAAGGGUUCCACUCCUAAAGGUGGUGUUGAUGUCUCAUUUCCAAAGCUGGAAGGACCUGAACUCAAAAUACCAACCAUAAAAGGACCAACACUGCCAGACAUUGAUUUGACACCUCCAAAUAUUGAAGGAGACAUUAAACCCCCUUUUAUUGAUAUUAAAGGUCCAGAGGUUGAAGGCUUUAAGGGUGGAAUUCAAAUGCCCAGAAUCAAAGGGCCUAAAAUAAUAACUGAGAUGGAUGUGUCAGUGCCCAAAAUGGAAAGGGAUAUCAAAGAUCCAAAAGCUAAUAUUAAAUCACCAACCAUGACAAUAGAAGGUGGAAAGACAGGUGUUACGUUUCCCAAGUUCAAGGGUCCUAAGUUUGGAAUGAAAUCGCUAGAAGUCGAAGGUCCAGAAUCAAUGGUUAAGAAACCCAUGUUCAGUGUGGGAGCUAAAGGUUCCAGAACAGAUGUAAAUCUCCCAGACACUGAAGCAAGUCUGGAUGCCCCUGAUAUUGACAUCAAUGUAAAGGGGAAAAGGGGUAAAUUUAAGCUUCCUAAAGUGAAAGCAAAGGCAAAGAAACCUGAUUUUGACAUAGCAACACCAGCAGUAGACGUUGAUGUAGACACACCAAAUAUUCAUGUCAAAGGAACAAAGGUAAAGAAGCCUAUUUUUGGUAAGCUUCAUUUUCCUGAUGUGGAAUUUGAUAUCAAAUCACCAAAAUUAAAAGGCGAUGGGUCUUUAUCUGAGGGACUGAAUGCUGCUUCUGAUGGAUAUUCUAUGGAGUGUCCAGAUGUUAGGUUGGAAGGGUCAGAUUUGAAAUUAAAGACUUCUGAUGCUAAUUUUUCGGUGGGCAGUGCAAUUGGUGGCCUUCAAUACCCAGAGGGAACAGUAAUAUUGCCCAAAAUCAAGGUACCGAAAUUUGGUAUUGCUCUCCCUCAGCUAAAAGGCCAAGAAGGUGGAGGAAAUGUAAAAUCUGAAUUUUCAGUAACUGGAGGAAUAAAUCUACAGCCUCCGUCUGUUGAGGUUGCCAGUCCAGAACUAAAGCAAAGUGAAAGCAAAGUAAAGGUAAAGAUGCCAAAACUAUUUGGCAAAUCAAAAGCAAAGGGCAGUAGUGUAGGUGACGUUCGGGGACCUGAGGGAGAAUUGAGUGCCAGUGGGAAAUUAAAACUAGAAGGUGAUCCUGGACUUGGUGUGUCAACUAAAGGCAAGUCAGCCUCACUUGAUCUUUUCAAGAAAUCAAGGCAUCGGUCGUCUUCUCUGAGUGAUGAGGGAGGGCUUGCAGUCAGUUCUCCUUCAGUUCACCUAGAUGCUGAGGGUGGCGACAUUUCAUUAGACCUGGGAGGAAGCAAGGUCAAAGGAAAGAAAAGCAAGUUGAAGUUUGGCACCUUUGGAGGGUUUGGUUCAAAGUCUAAGGGGUCAUACGAAGUGUCACUUGGCGAGGGCAGUGAAGCAGGAGCAGAGGGAAGUGCAGGUCUGUCAGUACCCUCUAAAAAGACAAGAUUGUCUUCAUCUUCCAGCAGUGACAGUGUUUCAAGAGGCGGUUUUAGGUUCCCAAGACUUGAACUAUCUGUCUCACCCAAAAAAUGAUUGGUUAUGAAGCCAAUUCAACUCUCAUGUACAGUCAAAAAUAUUCUCCUAGAACGGUAAAUUCUUUAAACUUCACUUUUUUUUUUAUCUCUGGAGACACAUCAUCUUAAUGUCAGUAAUUAUUUUCUCUUUUUUUUCAAUAAUUAGUCAGGAGUGCAUGAGAUUGUUUAAAGUCCCUUCAAACUGUAAAUAAGAUUAAUUUGUAUUGUAAUAAUAAAUAUUGUUUUUGUACAUAGUCCAGAUUUAUUGAAAAUAUGCCAUGUCACCAAAUAUCCAUCAAUAGUUUAUUACAGGGUUUGUCAUUUUGUCCUACUACAUUCUAUUAAAUGAAUGUUUUUAAUGAACGGGUGUGGUAUGUUUGUAUCCAGGGGUCUAUUGCACAGAACAGAUAGUUACAAUAGUUAUUUUGAAGGAAAAUCCUGUUUAUACACAAAACACAAAUACAAACAGUUACCAGUUUUUCUGUAUGAAAUCAUUUUAUUUUCAAGCUUUGAUAUUAUAUAACCAUUGUAGAAGUAUAUUUAUGUAACAGAGAGCUGGCCAGGGGCGGACUUGAAGCAUCAGACCUCAAAUUUUGGAGGCUAACCAAUGUAACAGAUACCAGACUAGUAAACAUGUAGGGGGUGCAAUAACUCACUGCCCUCUGCCAUCUUUUCAGUGACGGCAUCUUUGUAAAGGGCCAUAAUAAUCUCCUUCUCUGUUGCCACAACCAAAACAGUAAAAAUAUGAUAUUUCAAGGGCUUUUACAUUGAAAUUCUACAUCAGAUUGUCCCGAUAUUGUUUGGAUGACAAUCUGAGGUGGUGACUGUCAUUGUGAGGUGAAAUUAGUCUGUGGAAACAGAUAGUUUAUCAAUGACUCAGUCUGUUAUUUUGUUGGUUGAAUUCAUUAUGAGGUUUAUUCACAGAGUGGUAAUGACAAAUCAUACAUUUUUUAAGUCUGAAUUUUCAUUUUUUUUUAUCAUUAAUUUUAUUUAUUAUUUUUCAUUGCUUAAUUCAGUUUAAUUAAUUUUGUAUAUUUUAAUGAAUUCAUUAAUUAAUUUGUUAUCUCACUAAUUCAUUCAUAUAUUCACAGACUGAACUAAUGUGAUGUCCUAUUUACAGGAAGGUCGCUUUUUAAAAAAAAUCACUCUAACUUGUAACCUAAUGCUUAGAAACAAUGCGCACUUUGAAAUGAGUGCAGUCCGCCACUGGCUGGCCCUAACACAUUCACAUUCUAAAGAGUGAUGGCGUUGUAUACACCAUAAUUGCAAAGACAAUCACUGUUUAGAAAAACUAUCAACUCUCUAAAAUGCUGUCAGUACUUCUCUGUUCAUUUUUAAGCAAAUCAAUUCACCUUCAAAUUUUAUGUGAUUUACCAAAAAUAUGCAUUUGUGUCACUUGUUUUAAACAUGUUUUGCUUCCUUAUUCUGUCAUUUUCAUUCUUACCUUUUAUAUGAUCCUCUGUAUUUUAUUUCUUUUCUCUGUACACACUGCUUAUGACUAUGUAAAACAAUGUCACAAAUAUAGACAUUUGUAUUUCAUUUGUUUCCAAAAAUAUGCAUUGAUAGAGUUGCAUAGUUUUGAUCAGAUAUGAUGAAAAUGGAACACAAUAUUUUGGGUCUAUUCUUUUGUUUGCAUUCUGCCAAAGAAACUAAAUAAAAAAUUUAUAGAAUUAA